GGAGGGCGGCGGAGGCUCCGCUCUCGGGGAGUUUGUGGGGGAACCGCGAGCGGCGUAGCGGAUCCCGGAGCCCGGCCCCCGCCGCCCGCCCGUCCGGCUGCCUGCCCCGCCCGUCCGGCCCCCGCCGUCCGCCCGCCCCGGCCAGGCGCUCCCGCCCCCCCGACGGCCCCGCCCGGCCGCGGCCCCCGCUCCGCCCGCCCGGCCCCGGCCCCCAGGAGGAGGCGCUGACGCAGCAGCGUGGAGCCCGGGAAUUGAGCGCCCCCGGGGGGUUCCAGCCGCCGGAUUCCAGCCCGGCCGGGGCCUGCGGGCGCCCAGAGCCGCGCCGUCCGCGCCGCUGUCCGGUUCUUCAUUGCCUUGGCCGUGCCAGCUUCCAGGAUACAGCCCAGCUCUGGCCUCUCAUUCAGGACGGGGCCCAGGCUGCCCCAGAUUGGAAGUACCCCAUGACACACACACGGAGGAAGUCCCUUCCCAUGCUGAGUUCGGGCCCCUCUGGCCGCCGGGAGCCCCUGCAGAUGGAAGGCAGCAGUACGGAGCCGGGGGCAGAGAGUGUGGAAGCAGGCAUGCCCGAGAGCCCAGGACACCUCACCGGGCGCCGCAAGAACUACCCACUGCGUAAGCGCCCAUUGGUCCCCGAGAAGCCCAAGGCCUGCAAAGUGCUCCUGACCCGCCUAGAGAAUGUGGCUGGUCCACGGAGUGCAGAUGAGGCUGAUGAGCUCCCCCCUGACCUGCCCAAGCCCCCAAGCCCAGCCCCAUCCAGUGAGGAUCCUGGCCUUGCCCAGCCCCGCAAGAGGCGCCUGGCCUCCCUCAAUGCGGAGGCCCUCAAUAACCUGCUGCUGGAGCGGGAGGAUGCCAGCAGCCUGGUGGGCACCCGUCGCAGCCGAGGGGGCGACUCUCACCGCAGCCGGGACCGGGCCACGGGGGGCUGGUCCUCCUCCAAGAAGCGGCCCCGCCUCGAGGACCUUGGAGGAGGAAGUCGGGACCUGUCCCCAGAGCCAGCACCGGAUGAGGGUGCCCGUCGAGAUGGUGACCCAGCGCCCAAGAGACUGGCCAGCCUGAAUGCAGCUGCCUUCCUGAAGCUGAGCCAGGAGCGGGAGCUACCCCUGAGGCCACCGCGUGCCCACCCAGAAGCAGAGGGGCGCUCCACAGAGCCACCGGCGCUGAGGGCUCCGAGGCCAAAGUGGGCUAAUAAGGUCAAUGGCAAGAACUAUCCCAAGGCCCAGCAGGGCCCUGGCUCUGGGGAGGCUGUAGGCCCACUCGGCUGGCAGAGGCACCCCGAGGAGCCAUGGCCAUCCGCCACCCCUCGGGGGCCAGCCAGCCAGCCACCUUACCAGCCCCUGAGCAAGGCUCUGGAGAGUCCCUUGGGGCUGCGCCCCCACCUGCCUCUGCUGAUGGGCGGGCAGGCAGCCUUGAAGCCAGAGCCUGGGCGCCCGGGUGAAGAGUCGCCUGCCCCCAAGCAGGAACUGCACCAGCCUUCUUUCCCCACACCCCAGCUGUCCCCCCUGCCAAUGCCUGGCAACCCUGCCCACUACAGUGGCCUGUGCGGUCGACCUGAGCUCACUGCACUAGGCAGCUUCUACCUUUACUGCAGCCAAGACGGGCUGCAGUGUGGAGGCUACGCUCCCUGCCCCAUGCUUCCCGAGGGCAAGUUGUCCCCAGUGGCUGCACCUAACGAGGGGCUCCUCUUGGCACCGAGCUCAGUGCCUGCAGGCACCCCUUUCCAGCACACUCCCUGGGGCUCUCGCUACUGUUCUAGCGAGGACACUGGAGUGAAUGGCUACAGCAUCUGUGAAAUGUUGCCCCCAUCUCUUACCCACAUCGGCACUACCUGCGGCGGCUGCCCCUACAAAAUGCCUUUUGCAGCAGAAGGCUGCAGGUCCCUGGGCCAGCUGGAAUUUCCUCUCCCGGAAGCCGGCCACCCUGCCUCACCUGCCCACCCCCUCCUGGGAUGCCCUGUGCCCAGCGUGCCGCCUGCAGCAGAGCCCGUCCCCCAUCUUCAGACCCCCACCUCGGAGCCCCAGACAGUAGCCCGCGCGUGCCCUCAGAGCGCCAAGCCUCCCAGCGGCUCCAAGUCGGGUCUGCGCACGGGCUCUAGCUGUAGGCACACGGCGAGAAGCAAGGCCGCCUGCAGGCCCAGCCACCCCAAGCAACCGCGUGUGCAGCGCCCGCGCCCGCGCCGCCGCCGCCGCCGCCGCACUAAUGGCUGGGUGCCCGUCGGGGCUGCGUGUGAGAAGGCUGUCUAUGUCUUGGAUGAGCCAGAACCAGCCAUCCGAAAGAGCUACCAGGCGGUGGAGCGGCAUGGAGAGACGAUCCGAGUCCGGGACACUGUCCUCCUCAAGUCAGGCCCACGGAAGACGUCCACGCCUUAUGUGGCCAAGAUCUCUGCCCUCUGGGAGAACCCUGAAUCAGGAGAACUGAUGAUGAGCCUCUUGUGGUAUUACAGACCAGAGCACUUACAGGGAGGCCGCAGUCCCAGCAUGCACGAGCCUUUGCAGAAUGAAGUCUUUGCAUCGCGACAUCAGGACCAGAACAGUGUGGCCUGCAUUGAGGAGAAAUGCUAUGUGCUGACCUUUGCUGAGUACUGCAGAUUCUGUGCCAUGGCCAAGCGCCGAGGCGAGGGCCUCCCCAGCCGAAAGACCGCACUGGUGCCCCCCUCUGCAGACUACUCUACCCCGCCACACCGCACGGUGCCCGAGGACACGGACCCUGAGCUGGUGUUCCUUUGCCGCCAUGUCUAUGACUUCCGCCAUGGCCGCAUCCUCAAGAACCCUCAGUAGCCUCCGCAGGCCUACCCUGGGCCUGCCCCUGGGCAAGUGGGGCCCGAGGCGGGGGCACUGCUUGAAGCACGGCACUUGGUUAAGGGGCCACAGGGGCUCGAGGUUGCUGGCCUGCGGUUCUCUUGGGGGGAGGGCAGGGACCCCCAUGGGUACUGGGCCCCUGGGGAGGGAAGGGGAGGCCAGGGUACAAGGAAAGCAUCGCAGCCCUCAGCGUGGCCCAGAGUACCUCUCUGUGGUUGCCUGGGUGGAGACUUGAAGAAGCAGUCUUCCCUGAGGCUGGGCCAAGCCCGAGGGGCAUGGGGCCCUGGGGGGAGGGGAGAGUCCAGUCCUUCAGGAAUAAGGCCCAACAGGCUCUUCUUUAGCCCUCCCCGGGCCCUGCAAGGCGGGGGGAGGCGAGCGGGAGCCAGCUUUACCUCACCCACUGUGACCCACUGCUUCCCCCUCAGCCUGGGGCCAGGCUCUCCCAGAUUCUAGCACAGCUCCGAGCUCCUUCCUUUGAGGCAUAGAGAGCCAGAGUCUGGCUUCCAGAGCGUAGACUUUCUCUUUCUAGACUCGGGGCCUUUCCCUGGCUUCCUCCUUUGCCCCUGCAGUAGCCCCUGCGCUGGGACAAGUUACCCAGUGCGCACAGUCAUGGGUGUGGCCCACUUGUGGGCGUCAGCUUCCUGUCUGCCUCCUGGUGAGGGCCAUCCAGCAGGUCUGGCUUCCCAGAAGCUAACUGGUCAACAUGGGGUUUGUCAUGUCUGGGAGGGCGGAAGGGAGCUGGGAGGGGGUGGGCAGGGGGCAAGGAAAAUUGCUACCUGAUUUAUUGAAGACUUUUCCUCUUGCCUUACACUUGGAGGUUGUAGGAAACCUCUUGCAGAACUUCGUACCUGACUCUUCAAGCCACACCCACCUGAAAUCAAACCAAAGGAGUGCUGUGGCUCCCCUUGCCCCCCACCCUUACCCUGGUCUUUUGUAGAUUGCACUAAUUUACAUCCCUGCGAGAAUCAACACUGUAUCAGUCCACAGACCUGCUGAGCUGCAGCCACUCACUCUAGGAGCUAAGGACCUGCAUUUUCAGUUUGUUCCUGUUUCCCAGGGGCCCUGUUCUCACCUCAUGCUGCUCCCCAGAGUAGGUUAGGAGGCUGGGCCCCCUGUUGUCCUUGCCAGGACUAGGCCCCUGGCCCCCCAGGGCUCUGUGAGGGGGCUGGAGCAGCCUGGUCCUAUCCUAUUUGUACCAAAGAGGAGCAUUGGUGGGGAGGGGGAGAGGAGCACUGUGUGGUCUGGGCGCCGCUGGUAGCACUUCCCCAGGGCACACCCCUGGCGGCAGGAGCCAAGAGGGCAGCGGGCAGCGCUCCUCCUCCUCCUCCCCUAGGAAGGGGCAGGCACAGACCCAGCCCAAGCUAAGGAGGUGACACUGGGUGAGGACAGUCAGGCUGGGUCUGGAGAGGGAGGUCAAAGCGAACCCCCAGGGCCCUGCCAACAACCCCAGGCCCUGUGCUAUCCCUGAGAAGACAGGCUGCUCCCAAUUGGUCACUGGGCUUGGGGGAGGCCUGGAGGCUUCAGAGGCGAAUUUACACAUGGAAACCCCAAUCCCAAACCCGAGGGGAAGGGACUAGGGUGCCCUUGUAUUGAAUAAGCUGUUUGGAGGAAGGAGUGGGGCAGUAAAAGAGGUUGGCAGAGAGUGGCUGCAGGGGCUCUGGAGAGCCAGCCUGGGAGCCUGCUCAUUCCCAGGGUGCUGGGCUCCUGCGGCCAAGGAGCCCAGCCUCACUCAGCAGGAGAGGAGAUCAAGGCCCCUCCUCCCCCAGAGGCAGGGUCUGCUGCCCAGAACUUAAAUGCUUUUGAAAUCUCUUAGAUGUGGAAAUAUUUUUUCGAACCUAAAAAUGCAGCUGGUAGAAUUUCAAUGGAAGCAUAAUUCAUGUAAAAUAUAUUUUAGUUGAUAUUUUGUAAAAUGCACUUUUUGUGUGUGUCGACCCUGGUUUCUCAGAUCUGUAUUUCAGUGUUUACAAGGGAGGGAGGACCUUUCCUCACCUCCCUUUUGACAGAGAUUAGAAGUACUUCUUUAAGAAAAAAAUAAAUUUGAAAAAUUGUAUUGAUUUAGAAAAGGA